AGGGCUGAGGAAAAACACUCGGAAGUUCAAAACGAGAACUGUUUUCCGAUACCGAUCGCCGUUUUAUUAUUUUUUAAUCUUGAAAAAGUUUGGGAGGAAACUGUAGAGAGUAGGAUUUGAGGAUGAAUCACCUGAAUCGUGUGUGGAUGGCGGCGAGUGUGGCUGUGGUGCAGCAAAGCCACAGCGACCAGGGCCAUAAAUGGAAAUCCGGCGUCAAAUGUGUCCAGCACGGGAAGAGGAGGCUCUUCGGUGCGGACUCGUCGGAUCUGAGACCGAUCUCCGGCGUGAUAGGAUCGGAUCUCACCGGAGUGAUCGGGAACUGUGAAUCUCAAGCCGACGAGUCGAUCCGGCAAGUCAUGUUCUUGAGUUGCUGGGGCCAGAGCUAGAUCUCUCUUUCUUCUUCUCCCUCUGAUACGCGAGUGCUGAACUUGUAAAGUUGUUGUGGAAAUGACCGGAAAAUUGUGAAUAUUGAACAGAGGAUGAGAAUUGAGAAAUGUUUUAAUGCGUAAAAACUGUAAAUAUUCGAUCAACUGUGAUUUCUAUGUUCAGAUUUUUUCGUUUUCGAGAAAGAUUUUUAUGUUCAGACUUUGUUGUUCGUCAAGAUAACUAUUAUUC